UACAGAAAUCAUGUAACCAGCUCAAAUGGUCCCAUAAAAACCACUUUUUUCUACAGUGAUCUCUUUACAACCAACAAAGUAAAUGUGAUUCUUCAGUUAAAACUGCUGUACGGAUUGCUAACAACAAAGCCCCACCAUCCCAACACCAGAAACAGAUAAUAUUCCCCCAUAUAUAAUCAGCUUCUUCCUUCUUUAUCAAAUAUUUUCAUUCAUUUGUUUCAUAGCAAUCACUGAUAACAGAAAUGAAGUAUUCUGGUUCUGGUAGCGGACGAGGCCGUGGAACACUAAAUGAACACGGGAUCUUGGUAUUCAAGUCUAAGAAUUUGGAUGCUGAGAGAAGAAGAAGAGACAAACUUAACGCCAGACUAAUGGAAUUACGUUCCAUAGUUCCAAUUCUCACUAGUAUGACUAAAGCCGUUGCAAUUGACGAUGUGAUAACCUAUAUCAAAGGGUUACAGAAACAAGUAGAAGGCCUUAGUGAUUGUCUAAACCAAAUGGAUGUUGCAGUUCCACAGGCAUUAGUAGAAGAGAGUAUCGUAGGAAAAGUUGAAUUGGAUCAAAAUAUUGAGAAAUACACUAUUGAGGAACAAGUGAAAGUAACCAGUUUAGAAGGAGAUAAUUUGAGUAUCAAGAUAACUACUCUGGGGUAUGAAAUUAUGGACAACAAUUUCACCUCAUUCAAAGGUGUUUGUCUGACUACUUUGUCUGUCAAGGGGAAUCGAGUUGAAAUUACUGAAUUGGAGAAACUUGAAGAGUUAUUGCUAAAAGUUGUCAGAGGUUUGAACAGUAAUGUGCAAUUGUAAUUGAUCAAGUAUCUCUGCACUUCGCAGGAAUGUAGAGAGUUAGCCUUCCCUAGAAAAUAAGAUAUGUCUUUGAAUCUCAGAAUUAGGGAAGUAAACAUAACAAAGAUCAAAUGAAAUAAGAUUCAACUUCUAAACUACCGU